AAAUUUAGUAGAUAUAUAGUUGUGAAUUGCCUGACAUUCUUUUAUGCAUCAUGGAUUUCAGGUGCUGGUGAUUUUAGCACUGGGGGUUUCCUAUUCCCAUAUCCCAAGGAUACAAGUCUUAUUUUGCCCAUUGCUCAUCAUGCGGAUGUUUAUUUUCCUCCUCGAAAGAGAUCUCGUGUCAGUGCCCCAUUUGUUGUCAGCGGGGAGCAGAAGAAGAAGUCAUCCAUUGAAGUUCUUCCUGAUGAAUGCCUCUUUGAGGUAUUCAGACAUCUUCCCGGGGGCUUAGAGAGGAAUAUAUGUGCCUGUGUCUCCAAGCACUGGCUCAUGCUUUUAAGCAGCAUCCGGAGAGAUGAACUUUGUACUGACAAAAUCACCCAAUCUGUUGAGCCUCAGAAAAGUUUGAGUACUAGGAAGGAAGAUAAGCCUACUGAGUCAGAGCAAAAAGGUGGAUACAUUGAUUCAAAUGAAAUUACAGCUGAAGCUGAGGAAGAUCAAGAGAUGGAGGCCAAUGGAUAUCUUUCAAGAUGCUUAGAAGGGAAAAAAGCUACAGAUGUGAGACUUGCUGCAAUUGCUGUUGGAACAGGAAGCCGUGGAGGAUUGGGCAAGCUUUCAGUUAGAGGAGCAACUCCCGUUCAAGGAGUGACAAACCUCGGCCUCAAUGCCAUUGCUCGUGGUUGCCCUUCUUUAAGAGCUCUUUCUUUGUGGAACAUCUCAUCAAUUGAUGAUGAAGGCUUAUUCGAGAUUGCAAAUGGGUGUCAUUUGCUGGAGAAGCUUGACCUUUGUCAAUGCCCAACAAUUACUGACAAAGGUUUGAUCGCUAUUGCAAAGAAUUGUCCUAAUCUGACCUCGGUGACAGUAGAAUCUUGUUUGAACAUUGGGAAUGAAAGCCUGCUAGCUUUGGGUCGUUUUUGCCUCAACUUGAAGUCCAUCGCUGUUAAAAACUGCCCACUUGUUGGGGAUCAAGGAAUUGCAAAUAUGUUUUCAUCUGCUGGUCGUGUCUUGACAAAGGUUAAGCUUCAGGCACUCAAUAUCACUGAUGUGUCUCUUGCUGUGAUUGGAUACUAUGGACAUGAAGUGACUGACCUAGCACUUGCCGGCCUCCAAAAUGUGAACGAGAGAGGAUUCUGGGCCAUGGGUAGUGGACAAGGUUUGCAGAAGCUGAAAUCUUUUGCAGUUACUGCUUGCAGAGGAGUAUCCGAUGUAGGGCUUGAAUCCAUGGGCAAAGGUUGCCCAAAUCUAAAGCAGACUUGCCUCCGAAAAUGUCCACUCCUAUCAGACAAAGGAUUAGCUUCAUUUGUAAAAACUGCAGGGUCGCUUGAAAGUCUUCAAUUAGAGGAAUGCCACAGGAUUACCCAGUUCGGAGUUUUUGGUAUUCUUGGAAAUAGUAGGAAACUGAAGGCUCUUGUCAUGGCAAACUGCUUGGGAAUUAGGGACACAGAAUUUAAAUUUCCAUCUAUGUCUCUAUGCGAUUCGUUGCGAUAUUUGACGAUCCGUAACUGCCCCGGAUUUGGUAAUGCUGGCUUGGCCAUAGUGGGAAGACUGUGCACCAAAUUGUUACAUUUGAAUCUUGUGGGGCUUCAUGGAAUAACUGAUGAGGGGCUUCUAUCUCUUGUUAAGAACUCUGACGAUUCUUUUACUAAGGUAAAUCUCAGCGGAUGUGUGAAUUUGACGGACAACGUGGUUUUGGACAUUGUUAAGAUGCAUGGGAGCACUCUUGAGCUUCUGAAUCUUGAUGGCUGCAGACACAUCACUGAUGCUAGCUUGGUGGAAAUUGCAGACAAUUGCUCAUUGCUAAGUGAACUUGAUGUCUCCGAGUGUGGAAUAACUGAUUCUGGUAUAGCAGCCUUGGCUGGUGCAGCGCACCUCAGUUUACAGAUACUUUCCCUCUCGGGGUGCUCAUUGGUCACUGACAAAGGCUUAGCUUCAUUGGGGAUUUUGUGUCAGACCUUAGUUGGUUUGAACAUCCAGCACUGUCAUGGUAUCAGCCGUGGUGCUGUUGAUUUACUUGUGGAGCAGCUCUGGAGUUGCGAUGUACUUGCCUAAAUAAGCAUCCAAUUUGAAGAAUCCUGAUCACAGACAAGAAUUAUUACAGGAAUCUCAACUUGUUGAGAAAAAUAUCUUGGUAAUAGCUGUAGUGAGCGUAGUUUUAGGGUCCAUCACCAUUGAUCUUCACGAGCUUCAGUAUCCCAGUUGACUUUUUCCAGCUAAGUAUGGCAUGUAACUCUUUUUUUGCAGCUUUUUUUUUUUUUCAUUGUAAAGCUGUUUCAAGAAUUUUGGCUUCGAUCAUUGGAGCCAUUUUUCUUUAUGGUCAUGCUUGGCUGAGAACAAUGGUUUGGGUUCUGGAUCUUUAGAUUCUCAAGUGUUCCUAGUUCCAUUUUUUAUUUUUCCUUCUGCAUAUCUUCUCUUUUUGGGUCUCCCGGCUCUGAAUUUUACCAAGCCAUCAACAUUGCCGAAUGCUUGUGUUUUAGUACCUGAACUUUGGGUUUGCUUCCAAAGCUUCGAUCCCUUCUAUUGUGGUUGCAUUUGGCAGUUCUAGGUUUGUCACCUUGCUUUUUGGGCAUUGGCCGUGGCAGCAGCUUCUUUUGUGAGCCAUGACAACCUUAUCUCCUCUGGAGGGGUUGUUUUUUCCUUCCCAAGCCCUGGUUUUGCAAGUCCCUAGUCAUGAACUGUCCCGUGUGACCUCCUGUAAUGUAAUAUUCUAUGUAACCGUAUGGUUUAAUGUCUGAAUAAAAUCUUCAUUCAAGGAACUUUAUUUUUUAACA